AUGGAGAAAAGUCUUGGAUUUGUCAAAGGGGAUGAUCAAUUGGAUUUGCCUGCUGGAUUUCGAUUUCAUCCCACCGAUGAAGAAUUAAUUACUCAUUAUUUGUCAAAGAAAGUUGUUGAAAGCAAUUUCUCUGCUAUAGCUAUUGGAGAGGUGGAUAUGAACAAAAUUGAGCCAUGGGAAUUGCCAGGGAAAGCGAAAAUCGGAGAAAGAGAAUGGUACUUUUUCUGUAUGAGGGAUAAGAAAUAUCCCUCUGGUCUGAGGACAAACCGGGCUACUUCUGCAGGAUACUGGAAGGCCACAGGAAAGGAUAGAGAAAUUUUCCGAGGAAAAACUCUCGUUGGAAUGAAGAAAACUUUGGUUUUUUACAAAGGGAGAGCCCCGAAAGGUGUAAAAUCCAAUUGGGUUGCCCAUGAAUACAGAUUGGAAGGAAAAAUCUCUGUUCUUAACCUGCAAAAAUCAGCUAAGAAUGAUUGGGUUAUAUGUAGGGUAUUUCACAAGACGACUGGUGGGAAAAAAGUACACAUAUCUGGGCUAAUGAGAAUGAAUUCUGUCCCUUCAACAUUGCCACCACUAAUGGAUUAUUCAACGUACAAUUGUACAAUGAAUCCCGAUGAAUCAAAAUCGACUCACGUGCACUGCUUCUCCAAUAACUGUACAACGAAUCCCGAUGAAUCAAAAUUGAGUCACGUGCACUGCUUCUCCAACCCGAGACAAGAAGAGCCCGUCACUUCUUUCAGCAACUCCAUUUUUAAUCCGACUUCAAAUCCUCUCGAAACUUUUCCUCCUACUUCAGUUCCCAACACAUUUUCGUGGAAACAAUUUUCUCCUAUCCCGGGCGGAUUUCAGUUCCAGGACUCAUACCCAUUGCAAGAUCCCUCGUUUCUUCGAACAUUUCUGGGAAAUUAUGGUCCAAACAUGAAUCAAAACUUCAUAAAAGACACGGAAAUGGUGUCUGUCUCUCAAGAAACUGCUGAUAUGACCACUGAAAACUCCUCUAUUGUGUCAAAUCAUGAAGAAAAAGUGGCUCCAGCAACUUCUAUUGGACCAGAGGAUUUUGAUCCCUUCUGGAGUUAG